GCCUUGCUCUCAAGUACAAAUCGUCAUUGCCCCGCUUUUGCACUACCCCACCAUUCAGCAUUGUAAAACCUCCCCUCCUAAUUCUCAUUCAAUCCCCUAACCAUUGGAGAAAAACAAUCUCACGGUUGUACAAACAAUAUGGCACCAAAGAUCUUCAUAACAGGAGUAACAGGUUACAUUGGAGGCGAUGCACUCUACGCCCUAGAGAAGGCUCAUCCAGACUACGAAUAUACCGCAAUCGUCCGAAACUCGGACAAGGGAGCACCAGUAGCAGCUGUGUAUCCUAAAAUAAGACUCGUCUACGGAACACUUGAUGAUUCCGAGCUCAUCGAGGAAGAAAGUGCCAGAGCAGACAUUGUCAUUCACACGGCCGAUUCAUCAGAUCACCCAAGAGCAGCGAAAGCAAUCGCCGCCGGUCUUGCAAAGGGUCACACGAAGGAAAACCCAGGCUACUGGCUCCACACCUCAGGAACCGGUAUCUUAAUUUGGAAAGAUGUCGAAGAUGGCAAGUUCGGCGAACCUCCAUCCCAGCCACCUUACGACGAUCUUGAAAAUGUUACCGGUCUUACGGGCCUUCCGGACAAAGCCUUUCAUCGUGAUGUCGACAAAAUCGUCUUAGCAGCCGGAUCUGACAGUGUGAAGACAGCCAUCGUUUGUCCGCCUACGAUCUAUGGACCAGGAAGAGGACCGGGAAAUAAAGACAGCAGACAGGUUUAUUACUUAUGUAAGCUCACGUUGAACGAAGGUCAGGCGCCCAUGGUGGGUAAGGGCUUGACGGAAUGGGAUAAUGUCCAUGUUCACGAUUUGAGCGAUCUUUUCGUAUUGCUUGUUGAUGCGGCACUCAAGGGCGACAAGGAGCUAGAUUCGAAGUUGUGGGGCAAGGAGGGGUACUUUUUGGCGGAGAAUGGCCAUCAUGUGUGGGGUGAGUUGUCGAAGCAGAUUGGAGAGGUGGCGUUUGAGAAGGGUUAUAUUAAAGAAAAGGAUGUUAAGCCAAUGAGCCGCGAAGAAGUCGAAAAGGUAACAGGGUUCCAAGGCCAAACAUGGGGCCUGAACUCCAAAGGCUACGCCAAACGGGCAAGAAAGUAUCUAGGAUGGACACCCAAGAGCCGAAGUCUCAAGGAUGAGCUUCCUUAUAUUUUGGAUCACGAGGCGACUUUACUUGGGAUCAAGAAGGGUCAUGCUGAGAAGGCGGCUGGUGCGAAUUAAAAAGUGGAAUCUACAUGAUGGGACGAGGGCAGGAAAAGCACAUGCGAUUACAAUGUGAUGCUAUGGUCCAUGACUGAUAUCUGGAUGUCGGGACACAAGAAAGAUCAAAUUACCUGCCUCGACAUUGCUGUGCGGUUAUGUUGGGACACUGAAUUCAUUAUCUAUACAGGAA